UAGUUUUAUUCACCAUGGGCAUUUUGCAUAAGUGCAUUUUCCAUAAUUCUUUGGACAUGUAGUCAACGUGAUACGAAUUACGAAACUCUUUCUUGCGAUUCCACUGUCCCUUAGCAAUUUCCGUACGUGCAACUUUCAAUCAAAAUGGCGGCUUCUUAUAGCGAAAACGAUUUGAUUGACAGUGAUGGGCCCAAUGCUGUGCGGCUGUUGAACAGUCUUACUGAACAGGUGGCAUCAGUUACAGGGCAGGUUCGAGAUUUGUUAAAGAGGGUCCAAGGUGGAAAAUUCCAAACAUCCAAGGGUUUGUCUUUCCUUGACCUUAGAUAUCAGCUGCUGCUGUUUUACCUGCAAGAUGUCACUCACCUGAUCAGUCUUAAAUCAGAGGGUGGUAGUGUGAAAGACAGUGGCGCCCUUCACAGACUGGUCACCGUCAGAACAGUUCUGGAGAAGAUGCGCCCUCUGGACCAGAAACUGAGAUAUCAGAUUGAUAAAUUGGUGCGCACAGCAGUGACUGGGAGCUUAGGGGAAAAUGACCCAUUGCAGUUCCGUCCCAAUCCGGAUAACCUUGUUAGCAAACUAAGUGAAUCAGAAGACUCAGGGGAUGAAGAUGGUGGAGAGAAGGCUGAAGGCGCUGAAAAAAAAGUGCCAUCUAGUGGCAAGAAAUAUGUUCCCCCCAAGAUUGUCCCAAUGCACUAUGAGGGAGACCUGACCGAUGCAGACAAAAAGAAGGAGCUGGCGGACAAGCAGAGGCGUGCCGCCCUCCGCAGCUCUGUGAUCCAGGAGCUCCGGCAGCAGUACAGCGACGCUCCCGAGGAGAUCCGCGAGCACAGGGACUUCCAGACGGAUAGACAGAGCCGAGAGCAGCUGCACAGGAAAAACUUUGAGGAGUCGAUGAUGGUGCGUCUGCAAGUCCCCAGAAAUGAGAGAAGUGCUAAGAAGAGAGGAAUGCUGGGAAUGUCUGGUCAGCUGAGCGGCAUCACACGGUUCAGUGACAUCACAGCCCUGACGGGCGGAGAGGGACAGGACACGGAUAACCCGGGGCCCAAGAAGAAGAAGAAGAAACUAAUGAAGAAGAAAACUAAAAGAAAAGCUUUCAGAAGAUAGGAUCACGAAUGGAAUCCUAAAACCACAAAGCAGGAUGAUGGGACAAUUCACUUGGAAUAGCUUUUCAGGAUUGUUUUGUGAUUGUAGGUGCUCAAACCGUGUGUGUUAUAAAGGAGAAUUUCACCCAAUGUUUUUUUUUCUUCGAUAUUAUCAUUAGUCCUUGUUUGACAGUCAGUCCUGUGUGCAUUUCAAGAUGAUGCUCCAAAACAAUUUGAAUAUGCAAAUUCCCCCUAUUUGGAAUUCACAUGGCAGAUAUGUUUUCGUUGUUGGGCAUCAAUGGUGACUGGUUAAGCCACACUUUCUGGACAAGGGAUUUAUAUUUAAAACAAUGCAAUUUAAGGACAAUCAAACAUGGUCUAAUAGAAUAUGGUUAAACAUUUAUCCAUACUGAAAUCACUCUUGCUCAAAUUCAAGUGUAUUGUUGAAUUACAUUAACUCAUUGUCUACCGCCCAUAUUUUGUCAUGUAAGGGCCUAUUGGAUAGAUUGUUUUAUUUUUUUCAAUUUAAAAUUGUUCAUUUAUUUAACAAACAUAACACAAUCCACAGUCACUGAUGUGGCAGACAAAAUACAAAUAAAAAAGUUUCAUUUUUUGCAGCA